CCUCCUUUCUGGUGACACUGAGAGUAUAAAAUGGGGCUGGGCUCUGCCCGUGCAUCACAUAAAGGCCAACAUGAAGACAGGCACCAUCUUUGUUCUGGUGGCUUUCAUCGUCUGGGAGCUGGAGGUGACCUGUGCUCGAAUACCUAUUUCCAGAGAAGUUUGUGUGAAUGAGUGUUCAGAAGACAGGGACUGUGGAAAAGGAAGAGAAUGUGUGGAGGAUGGCUGUGCGCGUAUCUGCUUCCCACAGACUGAAACAGCCCACUGUGAGAUCCAGUGCUGGGAAGACUGGGACUGCGGAGUCGGGAAACGGUGCAUGCGGAGGGGCUGUAGCCGACUCUGCUCCACCUUCCCCGAAAGAGGUGUCUGUGUGGACGAAUGCCAAGGACCCUGGGACUGCGCUUUAGGGAGCUGGUGUGUCAACAUUGGAUGUGGCCAUGUCUGCAUACCCUUCAGAAACCUAGGUGAACAGAGACCAGGAACUUGUCCACCGCUGCCAGAAGGACUGUACGGAAGUUGUGAUGAACUGUGCACAGGGGACGAAUCCUGUCCCCCGGGACAAAAAUGCUGCAGCAAUGGUUGUGGACAAGUUUGCCAAACCGCUGUUCGAGACGAGGAUGACGUCAUUAUCCGUUCGGAUGAUAAUUGACCCUUGGCCUCCUUCAGUAAAUAUUCCCAAACGUCAUCUUUAUUCUACGAUCUGUGCUUUCUUACUGACCCCAGGAUCACAGGAUGUGGAUUUAAAAUAACUUGGUUUAAGUGUUGAAUUCUGGCAAUUGUUUGAGGAAUCAUGGGGUGACUGCUUUCAAAAUUAUCUUUCUUCUUAAUAAAAUGAUUUAUGUAGCAUUAUCAAA